AUGCUCUGCUACUGGUGCGAACGAUUCAGCUUACAUGAGCUGGCACGUCUUCCGCAACAAACUGGCACCUAUCUAUUGACGCACACCCGCCAGGGCGCCAAGGCUGGAUGCUCUUUCUGCGCUCUGCUGGUGCAGUCUGUUGACAAACGCCAACAUCACUAUGAAUCCGAGGGGCGAAUGCGAAUACAUAUCCAAGCCACCUCCACCCGGAUUGGUGAACAUAGCAGCUGUCCGAGAACCGAUGCAGAUGGCGCCCUCUACAUUGAUGGGUUGCGAGCUUUCCUUGCGCCACAUGGGUACUUGGCAGAUGGCUUAAAGCCGGUCGACGGCUCGCUGGCAACCUUUAACGUCUCGGCCGACCGGGACAGCGUCGCAGGCAAGAGCGGGGCGGUGUCUGGCCGCUACAUCGGCCACGACCCGCAGUCGACCGAUUUCGCGCACGAGGUCCGCAUGUGGCUGGCUGACUGCAUACGAGCCCACGAACGGUGCCGACGUUCCCUUUCCGGCGCCCUUUUACCCUCUGCUCAUUACAGUCCUCUCCCAACACGAUGCCUAGACGUGGGCACCGAUGCCGACCAGCCUUUGCGCUUGGUCAAUACGGCGGGGGAGAUGGGCACAUAUGCGACACUCAGCCACCGCUGGAACGCGCAGACGGAACCGAACCAGACCACAGCCCUAAACUACGAAGCUAGGAUGACGGGGUUCUCCGCCUCGGACCUCUCCAAGACGUUUCGUGACGCCGUGGACUUCGUACGCCGUCUCGAAAUCCGUUACCUGUGGAUCGACUCACUGUGCAUCAUCCAGGGUGAGGGAUCUGACGACUGGGCUUUCGAGGCCGGACGAAUGGCGGGCUACUACCAGGGCUCAAUGCUGACGCUGGCCGCGGCGUCCGACUCCCAGGAGAUCGAUGGGCUCUCUUGCUCUUCGCCAAACCAGACGCCAAGCCCGUUGUUUGAGAGGCGCUUGGCGCGCCUGGACUUCCUCGACAGUGCGGGCUGCCCCCGAGGCUACUUUUACGUAUUCCCUACAAAACCCGUGGCGCCGAGCUACGAAGCCGACAUUCGCCGCAGCGCGCUGAUGCGCCGCGGCUGGGUGUUCCAGGAGUGGCUGCUUAGCCGCCGCAUCGUGUACUUUACGGGAUCGGGCGGCGUCUACCUUGAAUGUCAGACCGAAUUGCCACGCAACUCGUACGGCGAGCGCCUAAUAUUACCGGACGAUGGCCAGUUUGCGCACAGUGUGUUUUCUCUCAAGAGACUUGUGGAUUUUUCGACGGCUAAAGAGAAGCCCGAGCGCCUCUGGUGGGAUCUCGUUGAGAUGUACUCCGCUCUCGAGCUUAGCUUCCCGGCCAAGGAUCGCCUGCUCGCACUCUCUGGUGUUCUGGCCGAGUUUUCGCUGGCGCAAAGAACUCAGUCUACUGGCCCUUCCCCUGAACUUUACGUAUCCGGUUUGUGGCUCAGUGACCUGCACCGGAGCUUGCUGUGGCAUCAACUUCACAGACCCUAUAUGGAAACAGCCGCCACCACGAGGGUCGCCAACAUGCCUUCAUGGUCUUGGACGUCGUUCCACGGCCCUGUGACGUGGAAUGUAUUCAGGCGUUCGCAAGCCUUGAUCAACACCUGCAAGGUUCUGGAGAUGGGGACGGCAGACGGGAAUACAUUUACGAUUAGGCCGGAGGACCUUGAAACGUACACUGAGACCGAGGCUGUCAUUACUCGCAUUCGCCUGCGCUGCAAAUUCAUACCUGUCACCGCCUGGGAGCCGUAUACAUCCCAUGAGCUCGAUGAUCUCCCGGUGCCGAUACCGGUUGUGGCAGACGACUAUGCCAAUGCCAUUGGCACCAGUGGUGCCGACCUGUUUCGAAAGAUAGCGCUGGCUUCGCCCACCCUUAGCAAUAGCACAAAAUCUCGGCAGGUAUGCGGCUGGGCCAGCUUUGAAGACGUCGAUUUUCAGGACCAGCGCGACUUUGCGGAUGGCGGCGAGACAUUCGCCCUGCAUGUGCUGACCUCCCGAGCCAGCAACGGGUGGAUGGAGCGCGGGCUGUUCCUGGGGUGGAAGCCGGCGCACUACGUCAUCUUUGUCCGUCGGGUUGAUAGCUGUAGAUUUGAGGGAACUCAUUGCCGCCGGAUUGGUAUGGGCGCCCUCUGGGGCAAAGGGGCGACUGCUAUGCUGGGCAAGACUCAGUUGCAGGACGUAUGGCUCGUUUGA